GUCCCUCUAUGGGGGGAGACCACCUCUGUGUCGGGGCCCCCGGUCCCCUCGUCCAGCCGGCGUACGGAUGACCCUCCUGCGGCCGCCGAUCAGACAGACAGCGGGGCUCUCAGGGGCCCCAUGGCGGCAGCAGCUCCGGCUCUGAAGCCUCUCGCUGACUUAUACUGUAUAUAUACCGGCUUUAGCCGGUCUGGGCGGGGGCGCGCAUGUGGCGGGGCCGCGCCUUCUGCCAUUAACUGCCUCCCUGCCGGCUCCGCCUGCCCUGCAGGGAGAACGGUGACACCCCGACAGGGUUAACUGCCGAGGGCGACAAACAGCCGGGCGGAGGCGAGGUGUAGAGUGCAAGCUCCUGGGGCCACAGCCCCUGCUUCAGACUCUGCAGCCACGAGGAUGAUGACCUGAUGAUCUCACCGUCCAUUAUCCCGAUCACCAUGACCGUGGUGUCCUCUCUCCUCGCUUGUGUCCUGACUUCAACUUAUGUUGGUUUGGUCUGGUUCCUGGAUUCCAGUUCCUGCCAUCAACAGGCAAACUUCUCAAAGCCCAACUUUAUUAUUUUUCUAGCAGAUGACAUAGGAUGGGGAGACCUGGGGGCAAAUAUGGCCGCAGAGCGGUCACAGACUCCUAACCUGGACAAGCUGGCCUCUGAGGGCUUGAGACUUGUCGAUUUUCAUUCUGCGGCCUCCACUUGUUCUCCGUCUCGAGCUUCGAUACUUACCGGAAGACUUGGAAUCCGUAAUGGGGUCACACACAACUUUGCAACCACUUCAGUGGGGGGCCUUCCUAUCAAUGAGACGACACUGGCGGAGGCUUUAAAAGAAUGCGGCUACAUGACUGGUCUUAUAGGAAAAUGGCACCUGGGUCACUAUGGAAAUUUUCAUCCCAGUCGGCGCGGUUUCGAAUACUACUAUGGCAUUCCAUACAGUAAUGACAUGGGCUGUACCGACGGCCCAGGAUACAACCGCCCUCAAUGUGCACCAUGUCCGCAGGAUCCCAGCACCCCCCACAGUCCAGCUGGAGGAUGCUAUACAAAGCUGGCACUCCCCCUGAUGGAGAACACUGCCAUCCUGGAGCAGCCAGUAAACCUAACCAGCUUAUCAGCACGAUAUGCCCAGCAGGCAGUCACUUUUAUCAAGAAUGCCAGGUAUCGGGGGGAGCCAUUCUUCCUCUAUGUGGCUCUGGCACACAUGCAUGUGCCCCUAUCACCCGCCCAUGAAAGCCCUGAACAUGGACCCUAUGAGGACAACCUGCAGGAGAUGGACCGGAUGGUAGGCGAUAUCACAGCCUGCACUGAUAGUAACACCCUCAUCUGGUUCACAGGUGACAAUGGACCUUGGGCUCAGAAGUGCCAUCUUGCAGGAAGCGUGGGACCUUUUUUGGGAAAAUGGCAGACAACGCAAGGUGGCAGCUCAGCAAAGCAAACAACAUGGGAAGGUGGCCACCGGAUGCCCACGGUGGUAUAUUGGCCUGGCCAGAUUCCACCAAACAGCACAAGCUCUGCAUUAUUGAGUACUCUGGACAUUUUCCCCACUUUGGUGGCAUUGGCACAUGGCACGCUACCUGCCAAUCGGAGGUUUGAUGGAAAAGACGUGUCUGAGAUCCUGCGUGGAGGCCCACAGGAUGCACAGAGGAUCAUGUAUCACCCCAACAGCGGAGCCGGCGGAAGAUUAGGGGACAUAGAGGCCAUGAGAUGGGGGCACUACAAGGCCUUCUACACCACAGGUGGCGCUUUGGCUUGUGAUGGAAGCAUCGGACGCCCUCAGUUCCAUGACCCCCCUCUGCUGUUCAACCUUAAUUAUGACCCCCAGGAGGGGGCACCGUUACCCCCGGGAAGCAAGGAGUACGAGUGGCUGCUUCCUCUCCUUUCCCAGGCAAUGGUGGAUCUUCAUGACGAUGUCCGCACCGACAAUGUUUCUACAGCUGACUACUCCCAGCAUCCAUCAGCCGCCCCCUGCUGUAACCCGGAGCUCGCUGCUUGCCGCUGUGCGGAGCCAGGUGGGGGGGGCAUUGUCCGUCUUCAUUAACCGUUUUGUACUCAGCAGACAUUUAGUAUUU